GUCCACACAUACGUUCGCCAUGUGCCAUGACAUUCAAAACAGCUGUAUGCAGAAAAUUAAAUUCAGAAAGAGGGAAGAGACCUCGCAUGAUCAGGAGUGAGGUAAUAUAUUUCACUUUUUAGACGCGGUCUCUUUAAGCUCUCCCACCGCAGCAGGUGAGUCAACUUAUUACCAAAACUGAACUCUGAGGCCUUGACUUUGACUGUUCCUAAAAGAUGAGUAAGUCAACGAGAGCUGACUAAAUACUGACAAUUCUAAAAUCGUGAUGAUUCACCUGCGUGAGAGUGUGGGCAGGCCACCAAUUGUAGCAAAAAUGAGAUUUUAUUUCCCCAAUGUUGUUUGUGUACGGGCUGAAAUGGGAAACGAAUGAUUGGAGUACGUGAUGAGAAUGACAGGCGCGCUUCGUUGGGACGUGUUGCCACAUGCAAUCGAUCGCAUGAUGCUUGAACUGCAUGGAGCUUUCUCACUGUGAGACGAUCUCUGUACGAGCGUCAUUAAGAUCAUUGGUGGCUGAACUGGGCUCAUAAUCCAACAGUCAUGCACUGGCAACAAGCACGUCUCUUCGACCGACUCACGUCGGGGGUCGGGCAGCGUCGCCGUCAUGCAUUGUCCGUCGGGCGAGUCCAAUUUCGCCACACUCCGUCAAUUCGGCCAUGGACUGCCACGUGAAGGCUGCUCUGAGACUCCCUCACGAGAAUGAAAUUGGCGAGAUCUCGGUCGCGCAACUGUGCAGCAGAUUCGAUUCUCCCCCGCCCUUCUCUCCCAUUCGGUGCACGAGGCAGUCGCUUUCGCCCGUGAUGGAAGAGACGUCGGGCCUCGUAGAUGAGCAUUCCACCGACUGUCAAGACGGAGUAGAACGAGCGUCGACCGAUUGCGACGCGGCAGUUGACGUUGACGUUGACGUUGCAUGUCUUACUCCCAAAGCUUCAUACGCUUUCAGUCUGCUGCAGAAAUCGAUGGAAAGGAAUUUGGAAAGUUUGUACGCCGAGCAAACUGCGACGGAAAACUGCAGACAAUGUUCUGAUUCGCCACAGUCCUUCAAGGAGAAUGAAUCGGAGACUUUGAAAGCUUUGACAUCCCAAUCGUCAGUGGAUAUUGAACUUGCCUGUGUGAAAUUUAAUCCAGUUUUGACUGAACUCCUCGAACUUGUGCCCGAAGACUCCAUCUUUAAAUCGUUGAACCACGUAAGAUUUCCUGGCCCGUCGUCGAGGGUCUCUAAGAAGAAAAUUAAUGACGUCGACAAUUCCCAAAUUGUCAGCGGCUCGAGGAACAGUCAGGAAAACGCACGGAAAGAGGAAGCGGAUCCAAUUGAUGAGUACGAGGCGGGACGAGGCAGGAAUCUUAAUUUCCUAUAAAAGGGAUAAUUUAUCAUGUCAAAUCCAGACGAACAACAAACAAGUCCAAGGUCGCACACGAAACGAAGGAUUUCGAAGCUCAAUUCUAAAGAAAGGAUGAUGUGUGUGUUCAAGUUUACAUCCGUUCAAUUGAAGAGUCGAUCACGGUACUGAAUCGCAGAUUGACUAUUAAUCUUCAAAGGAGUUCGGGGGAGUUCGGGGGAGUACAGAGCCACUAGGAUUGGACAUGGGCCGGGCAGUUGGAAAAAUCGUGAGCGCGAAAGUUUAGUUCCCGUCCUGGACGAUAAAGUCAAAUCUCCCGAGAAUUUUGUUCCGAGAAGGCAGAGUAACGGCCUGUGAUGGACAUUCGCACAUGAACGCGUCCCGAUCGGCCAGCACAAAAUACAUGCUGCGGCUCCGAGAAAAGCCGCAUCUUCUCCUUAUCUCGGCCGUUCAUGACCAAAGUGAACCGGAAGGUCUUCAUAUGGAAAGGAUAAACUGCAAUUAGUAAACCUCAUCGCCUCCACUCAGUGAAUGUCUCGCCCUUUACAAGCAAUUCUACAAAAUUUCUGUAGAGGAAACCACUUACUGUAUGUGAAGACAUUGGAAAUUGGUUCACAGAGGAUUUAAUUUAGGUCCUCCUCUCAUCGCCGUUUUGAACACAUGGAUGGCUAGAUCAACCGGUUCGAGUGGGGUCUCUGGCGAUGCCAGCUUGUGUGCCAGCUUGAUGGGGAGAUGGCCUUCUGUGUUCUGUACUCUAGGCAAAGAAGGCAUUGUCAGUGUUCUUUCAUCUCCGUACAGUAUACCAUGAUAUGAUGUAGACGUCUACUUGAACUACAUGACAUUCACAGUUGUCUCAUUCCAACUCGGCAGUUUGGCAUCGGUGUCAAAGGUAUCCAACAGAAGCCUAUAGACGGGUUUUACAUCUAAAGUUGCAAUUAGGAUGGAAAAUUGCUGAGAAUAAUAAUAAGAAAAUCACAUCACUGCUUGUAAGAUAAGACCCCCAUUGGGACUGCCCUGCACACGAACACCCUCAUGAAAUCGAUGAUGUGCCCACUCAGGUUAUUUUCUUCCGAUUACAAACACUAUCCGUUUUACAAAGAGAAUGUCCCUUCGGCCGUUCCUCCCGGUCGAAUUUCAUUAUCGAAGACCACAUGUCUCUGAACAUAAUUGUGCAAUAACCAGAUGACUUUGUGCGGG